AGUGCCUGCCUCGUCUCAUCAGUGUUCAACGGACCUUCGAGGGAGUCGGUUCGUUUGUCGCCGUCUACCCGUGUCUGUUUAUUUCUUGCGCCGCGCUGCGCAUGCGCCAUUUUGACAAUUCCUCCAAAAUACACACACUCGACAUUGAGAUGGUGUGUUUAACCUCCAACAGGAAAAACUCUUCUUAAAAUCUUCUAUAUUAUCAUUUGUAUGAAUAUAAAAAUAUAAUUCAAUCAAUAAUACAUCAAUUCCUGCCAUAUUUGUUUGACGAAGAGACAAAAAAAAAUAUCGGUGACUUAUCGGGGAUUAUCGUGUGCUGCCGUACAAGUGUGAAGUGAACUAUUGUGAAUCAUGGCCUGGCACGACUACGGAUACGGAGUAGGAUAAUUUUAUUUAUUGUUCGAAGUGUCAUCGCGCCAAUUUAUUAUGAAUAUAUGAAUUUUUUAUAUACAAAUAUAAAUAUAUAUACACAAGAUCGAUUUCAUAUAACAUUCCGAGUUGUAAUACAUUUUACAAAGUAACGGUAAUUUUGUCCGUGUGUUAAUUUCGUGCUCGUUUGACACAUUGUGAAUUCCAAAUUGAGGAUACCAGCUGUCUAAAAUCAACGGCAAAAUGGUUUAUCACUGGCAGAGUCAAAAUGUUCGAGUCUCCGGGGUCGACGACAUGGUCCUCCUGCCAAAGGUCACCGAGGACGCGAUUAUGGAGAAUCUUCGAAAGCGAUACAUGGACGACUACAUUUUCACGUGCAUCGGUCCCGUGCUCGUCUCCAUCAAUCCGUUCAAACAGAUGCCGUACUUCGGUGACAAAGAGAUCGAGAUUUAUCAGGGUGCUGCGCCGUACGAAAAUCCACCGCACAUUUAUGGCCUCGCCGACGACAUGUACAGGAAUAUGCUCAUCGACAAUGAGAGCCAAUGCGUUAUUAUCAGCGGCGAAUCAGGAGCGGGGAAAACUGUCGCUGCGAAAUACAUAAUGUCUUAUGUAGCAAGAGUCAGCGGGGGUGGCGAUCGAGUGCAGAAAGUAAAGGACGUCAUUCUCGAGUCAAAUCCCCUGCUGGAGGCUUUUGGCAACGCGAAAACUGUGCGGAACAACAAUAGUAGCAGAUUCGGAAAAUACGUGGAGAUGCAAUUCGGGUCUGGCGGGCAACCGAGCGGUGGAAAAGUGUCGAAUUUCUUGUUAGAAAAGUCAAGGGUCACUUGUCACAAUCCCGGAGAAAGAAACUUUCAUAUUUUUUAUCAACUCGCGACUGGGGCAAAUCAGCAGAUGAAAAGUGAUUUCGGUCUGACAGAUCUUGAUUAUUACACGUACCUGAGCUACGGAGGAAAUCACAAGGUCGAUGGUACAAAUGACGCUCGAGACUUCCAAGAGACCUUGAAAGCGUUGAGCGUCAUGGGAAUCAAGGAUUCCGAAGUUACCGAUAUUCUUAGACUCGUCGCUGGAAUUCUUCAUACUGGAAACGUUACUUUUAAAGAGAAUGGAAAUUAUUCACAAGUUGCGGAUGCAAAAAGUCUCGAAUUUCCGGCAUUUCUAUUCGAGAUCUCGUCCGAGCAGCUCUCGCACAAACUGACCUCGAGAGAAUUCGAGUCCAAAUGGGGAAGUCAGUCCGAGAGCGUAGACGUUACACUGAACGUCGCACAAGCGCUUUACACGAGAGAUGCACUUGUCAAAGACAUUUACGCCAGACUUUUUGACUAUCUUGUUAAAAGAGUCAAUUCGGCUAUGGAAACAACGACGGAAGGCUACGAAACUGGAAUCCUCGAUAUUUAUGGAUUUGAGAUAUUCGAAAGAAACGGAUUCGAACAGUUUUGUAUUAAUUUCGUGAACGAAAAACUUCAGCAAAUUUUCAUCGAGUUGACCCUCAAAGCUGAGCAGGAAGAGUAUGUCGCGGAGAACAUUCGAUGGACUCCGAUUGAUUAUUUCAACAACGCGAUCGUCGUUGAACUUCUCGAGGGAAAACGGCCUCCCGGAUUGUUCCUCGUGCUCGAUGACGUUUGCGCGACUCUUCACGGCGGGAGCAGCGGAGCCGAUUCCGAUUUGCAAAAAAAAUUGAACGGAGCGGCAAACGAUCAUGCUCAUUUUCAUGGCACGAGCGAUGGUUUUGCGAUUCAUCAUUACGCGGGCAUUGUCUCUUACUCGGUUGACGGUUUUUGCGAUAAGAAUCGCGACGUCCUCUUCCUCGAUCUCAUUGAACUCAUGCAAACGAGCUCUAACUCCCUUGUCCGAUCGCUGUAUCCACCAGAAAAUAAUGCCGGAAAAACCAAGACUCUGAAAUCGAGACCAACUACUGCCGGAAGUAAAAUUCGCAGCCAGGCGAGCCGCCUCGUAACGCAGUUGAUGAAAUGCACUCCUCACUAUAUUCGUUGUAUAAAACCAAACGAAACGAAAAAACCUCGAGAUUGGGAUCACCUCAGGGUUAAACAUCAGAUCGAAUACCUUGGCCUCAAAGAGAACAUUCGCGUGCGGAGAGCCGGCUUUGCUUAUCGUCGAACCUUCGCUAAAUUUCUUCACAGAUACGCCAUUGUCACGAGAGAAACUUGGCCAGUUUGGCACGGUGAUGAAAGACAGGGGGUCGAAAGGAUUCUCGCGAGUUUGCACAUCGAUCGAACUCAAUAUCAACUUGGCACGACAAAAUUAUUCAUCAAAGCUCCCGAAAGCCUUUUUAUGCUGGAGGAAGCACGAGAUCGAAAGUACAACGUGUAUGCUCGUGUAAUACAGAAAGCUUUUAAAAAGUAUUUCGCCCGAAAGCGUCAAGAGGAGCAAAAAGAAGCAGCAGCGAAUUUAUUGUACGGUCACAAGGAGCGAAGACGAGCGAGUUUAAAUAGAAACUUUGUCGGAGACUAUAUCGGUAUGGAUUGCCGUUCACAGACGACCAACAUUGUGGGAAGGCGAGAAAAGGUUUUGUUCGCCGAAGUCGUGAAAAAGUACGACAGACGAUUCAAGAUGUGCAGAAGAGAUCUUAUCCUUACUGGCAAGUUUUUAUAUCUCAUCGGUCGUGAACAAGUUAAAAAGGGCCCGGAAAAGGGCAAAAUCCUCGAAGUCGUCAAAAGAAAACUCUCCUUCGAACAAAUCAGUCACGUUUCACUCAGUACUUUGCAGGAUAAUUUUGUGAUAAUUCACACGCGUGAGGAUUACGCGAGUUUACUCGAGCUCGUAUUCAAGACCGAAUUCCUGUCGGUACUUAGCAAAAAGUAUCUCGAGGAAUUGGGGCAUCCAUUGAACGUUAGAUUCAGCAACAACUUGGAAUUCAAAGUGAAGAAAGAAGGCUGGGGAGGCGGCGGUACGAGACAGUUAAAGUUUUUCCUCACGGAUUCCGGGGAUCGAGAGAUUCUCAAACCGAGUGGCAAAGUUCUCAACGUUAGUGUCGGACCCGGAUUGCCCAAUACUUCGAAACCAAAUCCAAACAGAAAAAGCUACAGAUCUCAAGGAGUUUCGAGAACUCAGGGAAAUCCUCCGAUGAGACCGGCACCAAUGCGACCGGCGCCUAAUUCCGCAAUUCAAAAUGGUUCCAAUAGAAUUCGGACCCACAAUUCUGUCGCCGCAAAGUCUGAACCUCCGCCUCCUCGCCCAGAACAUCAACCUAAAGCAGCUCCUAGAAUCACACCCGAACAACACGUACCGAGUAACAACCGACCCAGUUUACCCCCAAAUCGACCCAAUGUUCAACCUGUUCAGGCUCAUCGACUCAACGCCCAGAAUAAACAACCCAACAAAAUUCAUAGCGGCGGUGUUCCAAUUAUGGGAAUGUUCACUAAUCCUGGAGGUGGUCCUAGAGGUUUAGUUAGAGCGCCUCCACCACCUUCGGGCCCAGCACCCCCGAAUCAACCGAUGGUUCAUUCAGCCUUCAGACUACCGCCGAUCGGGGGUGGCGCAUAUCCGAGCGAGGCUAAAAGUCUUUCUGGAAAUAGGUUAUCCGCAACAGAAGGGACGAACGGUCAAGCGAAUCUCGCUUCGAAACCGCCUCCGCCAAUAAAAAAACCAGUCGCAGCGUCACUACCAAAGGUCAAAGUUUUAUACGACUACAGUCCUCAGGAUCUCGACGAGUUAGCUCUCCGGGAAGGCGACGUUGUUGAAGUCCUCAAAGAACACGAGGGCGGAUGGUGGCAAGGACGACUUAGGGGCAAAUCUGGUCUGUUUCCUUCGAAUUAUGUCGAGAAAUUGUAGACAAUGAUGAAAUCGAAUAUUCGUACUACUGGAAAUAGACAAGAAUUGCAUAAAAUUAGUGGCCUUUGAGAAAUAGGUGCGUUUUUCCACAUACUUUUUCAAUGGUUCUCAAUUUUCUACGGUCCUCUUUUUUUUCUAUUUUUAUUACGUACCAUCGUUGUGAUUUGAGAGGAAUGCUGAAGAGAAAUGGUUGCAUAAUAGAAUUUAAAAAUUGUGUCGAACUGGAGGUGGAUUCCAAAGAGAACGAGAGACGAACAAAAUUUGACGCUCUCUUGUGGAACCAAAUAUUAGAAUUAAUGGUAAUUAUUAGCGAUAUAUAUAAUAUAUUCGAAAAUAUAUAGUAUAUAUAUCUCAUUAGAAUUCUCUUACGAGCGUUACCAAAAUAAAUAUAAUUCAUUGAAGAAUAAAAGUUCAUUUCGAAAUUGUUAACGCACACAUGAGAACACAUCUCAAUUGUGUUAUAACGAAGAAUUAACGAAGUUGUUGAAUUUUCGUUAUUGUUUUUUUCUUUCUCGAGAAAUUGAAGACUCGACAACCUUCACUUAGUCUAGUAUUUAUGAGUGAGCUUGUUGAUGAGAAUGUAUAAAUAUGUUAUAGCCUCACUGCCAUACGUAAGAUGUUACUUCAUAAAACGUACUAUGGAGAAA